GUUGUCGAUCAGCUGUUCAUUUACAUACUGCCGUAUGAUGUUAUUUUGUGUUUGUUUUGACUUUACGAGCAGCAGCACGCGCACAAUCUAGUUGCAGAACAGAUUAAAAGAUGCACGACUGUUUGUAAAGAACUUUGCACUAUUAGGAAAGACCGAGUUAGUGUGAGUUACUCAAACAAGAAGAGUGCAAGACUUAAAAGCACCACACGCUCUCUCAAUUCUGUGAUAAAGCACAAUUUGUGAAAAUGUUCUUUUCAUUUUUCAUUUUUUGAAUCGUAUUUCUUAAAAUGUCUGGACGCGUUCUGAAUCAGGAAUGGUGGAGUGUCUCGCGGAACUUCCAGUCAUGCUUUAACUAAACUUACCAGAAAUAGUCAUGGAGGUGUUGGACCCAGAGGAGCAGUUCCUCAAGGAUGCCAGGAAUGGGAACUUGGAGAGUAUCCAGAGGCUUUUGAUGUCCAAGAUAAAGGAGGAGGCCAAAAUCGAUAUCAAUUGCAAAGGCAAGAGCAAAUCUAAUCAUGGAUGGACGCCUCUUCAUCUGGCCUGUUAUUUUGGACACAAGGAUGUUGUUGAGGUUUUACUGAAGGCAGGAGCAGAUACCAAUUUGCCAAAUAAUGUUGGAGACACGCCCCUCCAUAAAGCAGCAUUCACUGGGAGAAAGGAGGUUGUGAUGUUGCUCCUUCAGUACGAUGCUUGUCCUUCUGUCAUCAAUGGGACGGCACAGAUACCCAAAGACAUCACCCAGAAUAUAGAGAUCAAAAGCAUGUUGGAGGCUGCGGAAAGAACUGAGGAGAGGAAGCUAGAGGAGCAGAUGUUGGAGGCGGCUCGGGAAGGAGCCUUAUCUACCCUCACAAGACUGCUUAACAUGAAGAAACCACCGAACAUAAACUGCACGGAUCUACUGGGCAAUACGCCGCUGCAUUGUUCUGCUUACAGAGGCCAGAAACAAUGUGCCGUUAAACUCCUGCAACACAGUGCCAACCCCAACGUCAAGAAUAGAAACGAUCAGACAGUUUUUGACUUGGCUAAUGAUGAGGAAAUGAAGCAGAUCAUUGCAGGCAAUGUUAUGAAAGGAAUGACGCGCUAUGUUAAAACGGUUGAGGGACCUCUUUGGAAGAGCUCAAGGUUCUUCGGAUGGCGCUCCUACUGGGUGGUUCUUCUAGAUGGGGUCUUGUCAUGGUACCCCAAAAAGCCAGAUGCAGAAUCAAACACACGGAGGAAAGGUUGCAAACCCCUAACGCAAGCGCAGUGCAUGAUUAAAGCGAAAGAUAACGGCUAUUUCACAGUCAAAUGCUUUGAUGACAGUGUUCACAAUUUCAAAGUCCCGCAGAAAAACAACACGGACGCCACCAGAAAAAGAUGGCUUGAAGCAAUAGAGGAACAUUCAGCUUUCAGCACACAUUACUGCUCUCAGGACCCCGACAGUGACGAAGAGGAGGAUAAUGUUGUGACUGUGGUCGAGCUGUCUCAUUCGCUUCAGCUCGCUGAGGCCCACCAUCAAAAGUUUGAGACAGAGGUGUUGGCCCUCCUGUCCAUGGUGAAAGAAGAUGGACUUGCGGAACGAUUCCCUGCUGCAGUUGUUCACAAGCUACAAGAGGUGUGUGCGGCCUCAACUGAAACCUGUUCCUCAUUGCAACAGUGUCUGGGACUUUUUUCCAAACAGGAAGGGUUAUGCAGAUCAAAACUGGAGCAUGAGGUUGAGAAGAAUAAAAUCUUGUCUGAAGCUCUUCAGACUUUGGCUACAGAACAUCAUGAGUUGGAGCAGUCAGUGGUCAAAGGAUCGUCGCCCCGCAGCGCUCUCAGUGAGGACGAGUUCUACGACGCUCUGUAUGCAGAAGAUUCAGAUUCUGAGCCCGUUGUGAGCGCUUUUGAGACGGGCGGCCACUUGUACGAGGACAGAGAAGACACCAAGUCUGAGAUCUACUCCAGCGUCCGAAGUCAUCUCAUUGGCAGGAUGUCCCGGGAAGAGGAGGAUGAUGAGGGGGCCAGGGUGAAUGGAUUGAAGAGGCACAGAACAAGCUUGCCAGCUCCCAUGUUCUCCAGAAAUGACUUUAGUAUCUGGAGUAUAUUGAGAAAGUGCAUUGGGAUGGAACUGUCUAAGAUCACCAUGCCUGUCAUUUUUAAUGAGCCGUUGAGUUUUCUGCAAAGGCUUACAGAAUACAUGGAGCACACAUACCUCAUCCAUCAGGCUAAUGUCUUAGAAGACUCCAUUGAGAGAAUGAAGAGUGUGGCAGCGUUUGCCGUAUCAGCUGUGGCAUCGCAGUGGGAAAGGACGGGGAAACCCUUCAACCCUCUGCUAGGAGAAACAUAUGAGUUAGUCAGGGAAGAUCUUGAUUUCCGGUUGAUAUCGGAACAAGUGAGCCACCAUCCUCCCAUAAGUGCCUUUCACGCUGAGGGUCUCCAGAAGGACUUCGUGUUCCAUGGCUCCAUCUACCCCAAACUGAAGUUCUGGGGCAAGAGUGUGGAAGCCGAACCAAAGGGCAUUAUCACUCUAGAACUUCCUAAGCAUAAUGAGGCCUACACAUGGACGAACCCAACGUGUUGUGUCCACAACAUCAUUGUAGGACAACUGUGGAUCGAACAAUACGGGAAUAUGGAGGUUAUUAAUCACAGGACUGGCGAAAAAUGCUGCCUGAAUUUCAAACCUUGUGGCCUUUUUGGGAAAGAAUUGCAUAAGGUUGAAGGCUACAUCCUGGAUAAAAGCAAAAAGAAAGUGUGUGUCCUUUACGGGAAAUGGACAGAGUGCAUGUACAUAGUAGACCCAGUGACGUUCGAAGCUCACAAAAAGAACGAUAAAAAAGCGUUGGAAGAGAAGAAAAGCAGUAAACAGUCAUCGGUUGCAGAAUCAGAGGAAACACCUCAACAAGGGGGUGGAGAUUCACUGGAGGUCAUACCAGGCAGUCAGCUGUUGUGGAGAAUAGCACCUCGACCAGCUAACUCAGCCCAAAUGUACAGCUUCACUUCCUUCGCAAUGCAACUUAAUGAGCUGGACAACGAGAUUGAAGCAGUGAUCCCUAAAACAGACAGUAGACUGAGGCCGGACAUACGAGCUAUGGAGAACGGAGACAUUGAUCUGGCCAGUGAGGAGAAGAAACGAUUGGAGGAAAAACAGAGAGCGGCACGUAAGAACCGUUCCAAGUCAGAUGAAGAAUGGAAGAUGAGGUGGUUUCAUCAAGGUCCAAAUCCACACAACGGUUCUCAGGACUGGCUGUUGGCUAGUAGCAACGGCUACUGGGACCGUGAUUAUUCCCAAGUACCAGACAUAUACUGACCCACCAGAACUGUGCACUAUCGUUGAUAUACUGUAUAGUCAAGACUAUCCGUUAUAUAACUAUAAAAACAUUCAGAGGUGGACUUUUAUGGGGUUUAAGAUACUUUUUAUUUGAACUCACUGCUCUGUAUAGCUGAAUUAUUAAGUUUUUAUAUUUGUCUUAAUUAUGCCAUGAAAUAUUUAAAUGCAUCUGCAACAUAAUAUUGGCUUUAGGAACUACAGAUUGUAGCAUAUCAAGGAAGAGGAUAAUCACAAGCUGGACUUGACAUAGUAAUAUCAGUGAAGAUAAUAGCAAAAGGAAAUGAUGAUGUCAUAGAUUUGGGUGUCCUCCAAGGCUCAAGUCUGGGUCCAUUUCACUUUACAUUUCUUAAGUUUGUAACAUUCCCACUGUGUUAAAAGUCAAAUACUGUAUAAAAAUAAAAUGUUUUGUUGUAAAUUGACUAUUAAGGCCCAGGUAUACUUCGUUUUUUUGCGUGUUUGACACAUUCCAACUACAACUGCUACUACUCAUUAGCUCAGUCAACAGCAGGCAAAUGCGCUUAUGAUGUACACAGAUGAGUACUGUCCAUGUAUCAAGAAAAUCUGGGCCGCACGCGGACAGUCCGCAGACUGUGCUGAUGACAAAUUUCUAUUAGCAACGCGGGCAACCAAGUAUACUUUGGCCUUUACAUGUUUUGAUUUUAACAUUUUAAAGCACAUUCACAGUUCAUAUACCACACAUACAGUGUUAGAAGAUUUCUGCUGCUCAGUCGGUUUGUGAUGUUGAUUUUAUUUUGAGAGAACUCUAUGGUGUCUGUUCUCACUAUUACAUUGACCAAUGUCUUAUUUUAUUUUUUAAAUAUAACAUUCUUAUAAUUCAAUUAUGUAUUAUAUUGGAUUAACUGUUUAGCUGUUUUUAACAAUUUGUUUAGGUAGUGAUUCAUUUUCUGUUGAAGUGCUUAAUGUGUGUUUGUGUGCACACGAGAGCAGAGAUCAAAUCGAAGGACUCUAAUAAUGUCAACUAUUUUAGCAGCAUGAACUGCAAACAACCAGGAACCUGUGAUGCUGCAUUGGUCAUUUGGUGUGGUAUACAUUUGAACUAAAUCUGUUUAUUUUUGUGAGUGUCCAGAUGUGUGUGUGUGUAUUUUUUUUUUUUUAAAUCUUAUCCCAAAUUUGCCUACAUUAUGAAUGUUGAGGAGAAUAAUAUUGUGCAUAAAAGGCAUUAAAGAUUGAAUGUAAUGUACAUAAUAAAAAAACUAAUA